AUGCGAUGGGUCGGUGUAAGAGGGUUUCAAUACGGCAUCUUGUCGUCCAAAACGCUAGCUAUAAUCGACCCUUCUUUACUUGUGAACCUGUUUUUGAUUGAAGCAGGGAUAACUGAACUGAGCAACGACACAUUCAAAGAUUUUCACAGGUUGCAGAGUUUGCAACUCGAUUAUAACUUGUUGAGGCACAUUCCCAGAAACUGGUACAGCGCUUCGCGUUCUGGAUACCCAGUUGAUAAGCUCUCCAUUUCUCACAAUAACAUCACCAGUUUAGACGCCGAAUGUUUCAAGAAUAUGAACCUUACGUCGUUAGAUUUAAGGAGUAACGCGUUGCGAGAAUUGCGCAGUGAGUGGUUUAUCGGAAUAGAAAACUUAAAGACGCUACUUCUCAGUGGAAACAGAAUUAAGACAAUCCAACCAAAUAUAUUCAGAUCAAUUAGCCAGCUUCACUUUCUGGACCUGAGCCAUAACGACUUAGUUUGUUUAGACCCUGGGUGUUUUAAGAUCAAUAUGCACCACCUUAGUCUGUUAGAUUUAAGGAGUAAUGUCUUACGAGAGGUACGUAGUGCCUGGUUUAUCGGACUGGAAAACUUGAGAACACUACUUCUCAGUGGAAACAAAAUCAAAAGAGUCCCAUCUAACGCGUUUGAAUCAACGAUACAUCUGCAGUUUCUGGACUUGAGUCAUAACGACUUACAAAAGAAAGAAAAGACUCCUCUUUUUCAAGUCAAUGUUUGGAAGCAUGGGAAGGGUCUGGUGGUAUACACUUGGAUUUAA